AUGACUAAAACAGAUAAGCCGGUGGACUACGCGGCGAUAUUCGCCAUCAACAGACGCCAUCACGGUGUGUUACUCGACGAGGCAGCCUCACGAUUCGGUGCGUUUGAACAUCCAAUUCAGAGAUUGCCAUCGGGUUCUCGGGUGUAUGCACAACCUGAAUCUUUGCUUGGAGGAAAUUACAGUUCAUGGAGGCCUGAUAGUGGUAAUGAGAGUGGUUACAGUCCGUUUAGAAGGGAGAAAUUGUCUUGGUCUAGGCGAGGAAAAGAUGGUGCUUUACGGAGUUUACUACCUUCUUGGUACACGAGGACCCCUCUACGUGAUAUAACUCAUAUCAUACGGGUAUAUUAA